CCUCUCCUGCAGUCGCAGAGGACUGGGCGAUUAGGCAGCGUUUAUGAUCAUCUGAGGCUGGGAAGUGAGUUUCUGAGGGGGAAAGGGGGCGGCCGAGGAACGUGAGGGUGCCACGAAAGGCAGUUUCUGGGGGGGGGCCUAGUGGUCUGGAAGAGUGUUUCUAGGGGCCCCUGGGAAGAGGUCAAGUGGAAGUUGUGAGACAUGCCUGAAGAAAAUGAAAAGCGCCCCUGUUGACAGGGCUGCUUUGAAGGGUCUCUAGAUCUCCCCCUAAGGCACGUGGGUAGUUCAGGAGCAGAUAGGCUGGAGGAGGAAGAAGAAGAAGCGGCAGCGGCUUAUAGGUACAUCUGGACUUGGAAGGGCUUCUUGGAAAUCCCAGCAAAGUUGUUUAGAAGCAAGGAGAGGGGCUGCCUCUUUCUUUGUCUCUCCCCGGAGCUGGUGCGAGGCUGCGAUGAAUGGUUUCAGCACCGAGGAAGACAGCCGGGAUGGGCCUCCCACCACCCCUUUUUACGGACAGAGCUGCUGUCUCAUCGACGACGGGGAUCGGUGCGUCCGCCCAGCGGGCAAUGCCUCCUUUAGCAAGAGGGUCCAGAAGAGCAUUUCUCAGAAGAAGCUGAAAUUAGAUAUUGACAAAAGCGUAAGACAUCUGUAUAUAUGUGAUUUCCACAAGAACUUCAUUCAGAGUGUUCGAAACAAAAGAAAGAGGAAGACCAGUGAUGAUGGGGGAGACUCUCCAGAGCAUGAGACAGAUGUCCCAGAGGUUGACUUGUUUCAACUUCAGGUGAACACACUGCGCCGCUACAAAAGGCAUUACAAAUUGCAAACCAGGCCUGGCCUCAAUAAAGCUCAGCUGGCUGAAACUGUCAGCCGCCACUUCAGGAACAUCCCAGUAAAUGAGAAAGAGACACUUGCUUAUUUUAUCUACAUGGUGAAGAGCAACAAAAGCAGGUUGGACCAGAAGUCAGAAAGCAGCAAACUAGAAUGAAAAUUAGACAGCUUUUGGAUACAAAGGUGUCACAUUAAAGAAGCAUCAGGUGCAUUAUAAAUAUAAAAAGCAAACACUUUUAGUAAAUUAAAGUGUUGACUAGACAAUAAUAAAGACAGCUUUGGUCCAGAAUACUAAAAUACAUGAUUCCAGAAUGUGUGUGAAGACUUCUGCUAUUUCAGAGCUUAACCUUUGACUGAGGGGAUAAAUAUCAUCAGAGGAGAAAUCAAGAAGUCAAGACAAUGACUGUCCAGAGGACUGAAAUACAUCUUUGAUAUGAUACACAUGAGAUGAACUGAGCAUUACUGGACUAGAUCAUACCACCCCAUAUAGUAAUAUUGGCAUAGGUCAGAUGUGGCAUGGGAAUUCUGAUUAAAAAUCUUGGUCUGUGUCUCAUAUGAUUUAAAUAUGUUCACCACUUGUUGCCACACAGAAUUACUUAUUUUAAAAUUUCCCACCGUCUCAUGGGUAAUAGACGUCCCCAAGCCUAGACCUUUUUGUGCGUAUGGGCCAUGAUAGAGGAAUGCUAACAUUGGCCAGCCUUGCUUACUUGCUGUUCUCAGUUAGAAACUCGUUAAUGAGUUAACAAAAGGCAAAAUUGUUAAAUAUUUCAGAUUUUUAAACAUUUUUCUAAGUUAUGCCACUUAACAGAAAAUGGUUAGUAUUUAGGCAUGUUACAUGUUUUUAGAGUUAAGCAUAUACAUUUAAUUAAGUGUCUUGGUCAUGAUGCAAAAAAAUGGUUUCACUUAAAGUUACUGUGGGUCUUCCAUAUCAGUAUGUGAAACACCAGAUUAAGUCUAUAAGCUCAGGUCCAAAUUGGGUAAUUUUUUUGCAGGCUGUUGGAGUUGUAGUCUCAGUCUUGACUUUACAAGGCAGACUUUCAUUUUGCAAAUGCCUCAUAUUAAUGUCAUCUCUGCAUGUGAAUGUAUGAAAAUAGCAGCUAUGGUAACAGGAAAUACUGGUUGGUGCUAGCAAUGACCUCUGGGGUAAUGGGAAUUGGUGCCUGGUUAUUUGCUUUUUCUAGAUGCACUGCCUAAAAUGUGCUGUGACAAACUGGAGCUAGUUGGUUACCAUUGUAACUUAAAAUUCUGUGCUGCUGCCCAUUGAGUUCUGUCCCAAAAUGGAACUCUGUAUACACUGCAAUGCACAUGCAUACAGCUUCUACCAUUUGCUGGGGGGCAGGCACUAUUGUGGUCUAAAAUAGGCCUAUACAACCAGUGGCCAAGCAACCAUAGCUUGUCAGGUACUUAACAAUCCCAUCCACCACAUCCUUCUGUCUCAGGCAGGCAGACACACAAACAAAUUAUUGAACCCCUGGUGGACCACCAUCACUCAUGGUUGCAAGUUAGACAGACCUGGUCUAAAAUAAGACUUGAUGUGGAGUUUGAACUCUCUGAUUCUAGACAUUUCAAAUUGACUAACUUGAGGGAAAUUACUCAAAGUAGUCCCAUUGAAAUUAAAAGGACAAGUUAGAUAAUGACAAACAUCCUUUUAAUGUCAAUGGGACUACUUUGAGUAAUUUUCCUCAUGUCAGCCAGUAAACUCUGAAACUGUUGGUACCAUCUCUGUUACUGCUCUAGCCCUUGGCUUUGUUUUAUAAAUCACCAUGAUAUGGAAGUAAGUGCUACCUGAAUACGUGAGCUGAGUGGUGACAUAAGAUGCCAAGUGUCUGCUCAAAGGCAAUUUCUUGUAUUUUAAGAUGCUAGCAGGCAUUCAAGUAUCUUAUUCGUCUGCUAACAGUGGGCUUUAUUUUUCCAAACUAUUUUGCUUUGAAUAAGUAUAAAAGAUGCUUCUUAAUUCAGCACAACAUGUACUUGUUAUGCAAGGAUAUAGAGAUGCAGCAGUGCCCUCUUAAAUUGUUUUAUGUUUAACAAACCAUAAGAAAAACGAGAAUUUUUCACUUUGAAAUACAAAAUUUAUUUACAGGGGUUUAUAUGUGUUUCUGUUGCAAAUAUAUGUUCAAGAAACAUGGUUAUGUUUCACCAUUUCAUGUAAUAUCCCAAUUAAUUGGAUGCCAUUUUUAUGAUAUUUUCAGGUAGCCGUCUCAUACAAAUAUGUAUGUUUGAUGCAUAUUUUACCACAUGUCUAUGUAUAUAUGUGGAAACAAUGCUGAAGUACUUCAGAUUGCUACUUUGUGUGUUAAAGUUUACUGAAUGGUACCAUUUCCCCUUUUAUUGAAAGAAUGAAUUGAACCAGCCAUCUGAUCAGUCAAAUCAUCUUUAUAACUGAAGGCUUGAGGGAAUGUUGUUUGACCUUUUGUGGCUUCAGCAUAUUCAUGUUUGUGGUCUGAUGACCAUGACAAAAGAAUGAGAAACAUUCUUUUCUUUCUAGUAAUCUGAGAAACAAACACCACAUGCCUCACUUCUAGACCAAAAACAUAAGCCUUAUAGUGUCAGGGCUUAUUUUUGUAAAGCAAAUAAUGGCAGAACUUCAGCAGCCAGCAUCAAAAAUACUCUUCAAAAAAAAAAAAAAAUCCAGUGGCAGGUGCUAUCUCUUCAGAGGUUGCCUUGAAGAUCAGAUCAAGGAUUUAUUUAUUCCUAAAUAAAUCAACUGGUGUAAAAUUGGACUGCUUGUUUUGUACCAGCAAACUCUCAAGAAGCAUGAUUUUCAUGGGUUUUAAAUAGUUGGCAAGGAGACUGGGGAAUAUCACCAUUGGGUCUAAGGAAUUGCUGAUGCCAUAAUCCUUGAAUCCUAUCGUCUUCUUGGGACACCUUUUUAUGCCUUAUUCUCAGCCACACCAACAAAAUAUUAAGUAAACGUCUUGGCAGAUAAGGUGGGUGGGCCACUUUGUUCUUGUGCUGGGAACUUUAAUUCUGUUAACAGCAAUAUCUGUAUUCAGGGAGAAGCUUGUUGUUCUUGAACAUCUAGUGUCAAAUCGCCAAAAAUGCCACAAUAUGGUUGUUUAAUAUAAUGGCAGAUUAUGCUGCAUGCCAUUUAAGGAAAUGUUCCAAUUCCUUGUGGUUUUAAUAAAACCUUGAUCAGCAUUUUUGAGCUUCAAAGAGUAUGAAUCCUUAAGCAAUGGCUAAAAUAAAUAGAAUAUGUGCGAACAGGGUCACAUUGACAUGUUCAUUCAUACAAACUGGUGGGUUGUAUUUUAUUGUGACUUUUGUGUCUAAUAUGAAUUUUGCAAGGGGUAUGAGCUAUUUAGCAAGUAACCUUGGCCUGAGGUUUCCACAUUUAAAGUUUAGUAAUGGGAGAUCAUAUCUAGCCAAGUCUAUUGAAUGAAAGUUACUGCAAACCAAAAUACCUGUUGGAAGCCUUCAGAGCAAUUUAAGAACCCACUUAAUGCUAGAAGAGCCAUCUUUUAAAAUGGGCUUUGCAUCAGAGCCAAACACCUUAAUGUGGCACAUCUUCUAUAAUGAGGUUAACUUCAUCAGAGAUGGUGGUCCUCAGUGCAUUAUGCAUUGUUCUAGUAGCAGUAGUAGUAAGAAUUUUUGUUCAUCCCUUGAGUUGAGUGAAGGAAAGAGCAAAGGGAAGGGGAAUGUGCAAUGACAAUUACAGUUCCGCAGCGACACUUAUGAAUACACAGUGCAGUUGACAAAGCAGUCAGGUCCUUACUGGAGAGUGUCUCACUCUGUUGAUCCAGCUUCAAUAUGUGUUUCUGCCGUGUAAAUACUGCAUCUGACUUAUUCAGAAGAGGCAGUCUUGCCAUUGUUCUUGCAGAACUUCCUGAGUCCUAGAUUCACAAAGCUAAAUCAAGCAAGCUUUAUUUUCUGCUCCUGAAAGAUUUGUCAGUAAGAGAACUUCCUGUGUAGGUGAGCAAAAGUAUUAAAGCCAAAGCAGCCCAUGGCAAGAUUAUUUUUCAGACUUGGAAAGCAGAAUAGACAGAGCCAUGAGCAAGAUGUAUCCCAGUAAUAUGGCUCUUGGUGAUUUGUUUGAGAGAGAAUUUACAAAACAGUGUUGUAAAUUUUGCAAUGAGUAGACUAGCCAAAUGCAAAUGUUGGGAGAUGGGGAGGGAAAUUGGGAGCCUUGCACUUUAACUUGUGUUGAUAAAUUCUAAUGUACCUAAGAUGGAAACUCUUGAUGUGUGAUUGGAAGAAAACAUCUUGACAAAGUUGUUUGUCUUAAAUGGCAGACUGUUGUAUACAGCGUACUAGUGUUGCUUCACCUUGUGAGUUGAUAUGAGGGACUGACAGAUCUUCAGGCCAGUUAUACUAAAACAUUUCAAUGCCCGCAGAACUGAUUAAAGGAGUCUACUACGAUGAAGCAGAAUUUUGCUGCUCCCUCACUUAGGGUAACCCACAUGCUCUGGUCUAUGUGUGUGUUUGGAUUUUUUUUUGUUGUUGUUCUGCAGAUGUAUAAUUAAUGGUGCAGGAUAAUUCUUGCUCUUUGGUAGCAUUUAUUCAUUCAUAACUUAAAAUGUAAAACCUAACUAAGGAAUUUAUAACACUUGUGGAGGGGAAGGGUUUUAUGCCUUAAAUGCGGAAUUAAUGGAAUCAUUAUGAAAUAUUUAGCAAUAGUUUUCUCUGCAGUUAAUUUUUGUUGCAUCUUUUAAGCACUUAGGCUUAUGAGGUUUGCCUUCUAUUGUGUUGCCUUCAUCCCUCCUGUCUUGUCCUGCUGCACAGCUGGAAAAACAUUAGAAACGUAUUGGCUAGUGUGUACUUAAUCCCCUUUGAACUAAUAGGCUUGCUGGAGGAAAACAACUCCCCUUCCCCUUCAUUCAUUCUGGUGGGCCUUCAUGUGUUGUACUAAUCUUUCUGCCAAAUGUUUUGGUUGUAUUUUUCAUUGUGAAAUAUAACUGAACUCUUAAAGCAAUCUUAGUAACUUAUAGUGAAACUGUAGAGUACUUUUCUCCAAAUUGUAUAGUUUCUCCCCACCCACCCCCACUCUGUAUGAAACUCAAAUUCUGUACUGCUGGAUAAAGAUAUAAAUGCCUGGGAUUCAUUUUUUAAAUAAAUGAUCAAUUGAGCAACUA